AUGAAAUUCAGUGCUUUAUUAUUAGCUACCAUUGCCAAUGGAUUUCCCCUCCGUAAUCCAUUGGAACAAUCCAUCUUGGAUUUACAUUUAGAAGGAUCUGACUUCCUUUUAGAUUUAGAAGAACAUUUAUCCCAUGACUCAAUUAAGGAAUUACCUAACCCUAGAACUUUACUCAAAGCUAAAUACGAUUUAUUACCAGAAGUUGAUACUGAUGCAUUACAAGCUUUGAUCAAUGAAAAGGGUUUGAAAGAUAGAGCUGAAAAGUUAUUCUCCAUUGCCGAACAAUCUAUCCCUGAAUAUGGUCACCCUACCAGAGUUAUUAAAUCAUCAGGUCAUUGGGGAACCAUUCAAUACAUUGCCACUGAAUUAAGAAAAUUGGGUGGUUACUAUACUGUUAAGACUCAAAAAUUCAAAGCUUUGGAUUCAAAAGUUAAUUCUUAUUCAUUAUUAAUCGAUGGAGUUCAACCAAAAUCUGUAAAACCAUUAUCCUUAACUCCACCAACUAAAGAUACCAAACCAGUUCAUGGAAACUUAGUUUUAGCCAAAAACUUUGGUUGUUCAUUAGAAGAUUACCCUGCCAAUUUAACUGCUGGUAAUAUUGUAUUAGUACCAAGAGGUGAAUGUUCAUUUGGUGACAAAUCUGCCAAUUCAGGUAUUGCCGGUGCUGUAGGGGUUAUUAUUUACGAUAAAGAUGAUUUACAUGGAACUUUAGGUGAACCAACUGGUAAAGAAGUUGCAGCUGUCUCAAUUGUUGAAGCUGAAGCUAAACCAUUCGUCGAAAAAUUAACUAAAGAUCCAAGUUACAAAUUUGAAACCACUUUAUAUGUUGAUUCUUAUGUUAAAUAUGUUCCAACUUUAAAUGUUGUUGCCGAAACUGUGUUUGGUGAUCAUGAUAAUGUAGUUGCUUUAGGUGCUCAUUCUGAUUCUGUCACUGAAGGACCAGGUAUUAACGAUGAUGGUUCAGGUUCAAUUUCUUUAUUAGAAGUUGCUAAAUACUUAGCUAAAUUCAAAGUUAAUAAUGCUGUUAGAUUUGCAUGGUGGGCUGCUGAAGAAGAAGGUUUAUUAGGAUCAACCUUUUAUGCUGACUCCUUAACUCCUGAAGAAAACUCUAAAGUUAGAUUAUUUAUGGAUUACGAUAUGAUGGCUUCACCAAAUUACGAGUAUCAAGUUUACGAAGCUAACAAUAAGGACCAUCCAAAUGGUUCAGGUGACUUGAAAGAUUUAUAUGUUGAUUGGUAUAAAUCCAAAGGUCUUAACUAUACUUUUGUUCCAUUCGAUGGUAGAUCAGAUUAUGUUGGUUUCAUUGAUAAUGGUAUCCCAGCUGGUGGUAUUGCUACCGGUGCUGAAGGUAUCAAGACCAAAGAAGGUGUUGAAAAAUUCGGUGGUGUCGCUGGUGAACAAUUCGAUCAAUGUUACCACGAAUUAUGUGACGACUUAAGCAACCCUGAUUAUGAAGCUUGGGUUAUUAACACUCAAUUAAUCGCUCAUUCUGUUGCUGUUUUUGCUAAAUCCUUUGAUGGAUUCCCAGAAAGAGAUUUAACUAAAAUCAAUUCUAUUAAUAAGGGAUUCCAAUACAGAGGUUCAUUUGCUGUUUAUUAA